AAUCUCCGCCACCCACUACGUGUCACGUUCCCAUUGGGCCUACCUCCCUACCCCUUUUUCCUCGUGGCGACCAUUUUUAAGCCCCCCACCCGGAUUUCCAUUUCCCCCAAUUUUACUCCAAGCUAGAUCUUCUUCUUCAUCGUGGACCAGAGAAGGUUUCAGAUUUAGACGUACAUAGCAAAGAUGCCGCCAACUGAUUCUUCACGUGAGGAGAAUGUGUACAUGGCCAAGUUGGCCGAACAGGCUGAGAGAUAUGAGGAGAUGGUUGAGUUUAUGGAGAAAGUUGCCAAGACUGUUGAUGUCGAGGAGCUAACAGUGGAGGAAAGAAACCUCCUCUCUGUGGCUUAUAAGAAUGUGAUUGGAGCUAGGAGAGCUUCAUGGAGGAUCAUAUCUUCCAUUGAGCAGAAGGAGGAGAGCAGAGGGAAUGAGGAUCAUGUUGUGAUUAUCAAGGAAUACAGGAGCAAGAUCGAGACUGAGCUCAGCAAGAUCUGUGAUGGGAUCUUGAACCUUCUUGAGUCGCACCUCAUUCCAUCUGCCUCUUCCGCCGAGUCGAAGGUGUUUUACCUCAAGAUGAAAGGUGACUACCACAGGUACCUUGCAGAGUUUAAGACUGGAGGCGAGAGAAAGGAAGCAGCUGAGAGCACUUUGUUGGCUUACAAGUCUGCUCAGGACAUUGCCCUUGCUGAGCUGGCUCCAACCCACCCAAUAAGGCUUGGACUUGCACUCAACUUCUCAGUCUUCUACUAUGAAAUCCUUAAUUCACCUGAUCGUGCUUGCAAUCUGGCAAAACAGGCUUUUGAUGAGGCUAUUUCUGAGCUUGACACAUUGGGUGAGGAAUCCUACAAGGAUAGCACUUUGAUCAUGCAGCUUCUCCGAGACAAUCUGACACUCUGGACUUCUGAUAUCACGGAUGAUGCCGGAGACGAAAUCAAGGAAGCAUCAAAGCGCGAAUCAAGUGAAGCACAGUAACAGGUCUUCUGGUUCAUAGAAUUUGUACCCUGUACCCCUUUUAUCUUGGGACCUUUGUAAUAGAUGGCAUGUGGGUUGUAGAAUGAUUUGUCUAUGAACUUGACGAUCUUGAGUGCGGCAGCGCUUAGGGUUGAAAUGUUCCAACAGAUUGCAAAAUUGCGUUUUAUAAUUUGGUGAGAUUUUAAUGCUGUGCUAUA